UUAAUUUUUGUUGUUUUAUGUUAAUAAAUUCACACACAAUUUACAAUGCAAACAAUACAAAAUUAAUAAUUUAAUAUAUCCUAAUAUUUAACCGAAUAACUGUGACAAUCCUUGUCCUUUGCAUUUAUUCCAAAAAGAACAAAACCCCCCAUUAAAAUGCAAAACAAAAGUACAAUGCUCGAAGGCUAUCCCAAAAAUCGAAUGUUCAUGGGAUUGGGCAUCCUAGUUGCCUGCACCAUAAUCGUCAUUAUAAUCGAAUCCAACAUAGAUGUCCACGACCAUAACUUCCAGCCACAAAUUGUCAUCGAAAACAAUUCCACCUGCUGGCUGCGCGAAGAAUACCAAGUAAUCGAAGAAUGUCAUCCGUGUACGGAAUUCGAAGUUGUCAGCAAGAGUCUGGGUGUUUGUAUAAACACACAUUACAAAGAAGUGCUAAGAUGUAAAAGCGGUGAAAUUGUCACGAGAAGUUGUGACCAUGUCGCCGAAAUCGAAAGAAGAAACUUGAUUAUCUUCACGGUUGUUUGUGGUGUUCUUGGGUUCCUUAGCUACAUGCUGGUUUAUUGGAGGGAAAGAGUUAUUUACAGGAGAGCGCAGCUUAAAAUCGAACGACAAUUAAAUCGACCACUAUUAUUGUAGAGGUAUCCUACUAAGAAAAAACACUCUUCCAAGAGCUUUGUAAAUGUUUAAGAAGAUAAAAAAAAGUGUUAAACACUCUCCAAAGGGAUUAACAAGGGCACUGAAUGAAUCUUAAGUCUUUUUCUAUUGUAUAAAGUAAAUUUUAAGUAAAAUAAAAAUUGUAUAUCAAUUUAAGACAA